AGGUUAAAAUUAAUUAAUUAAUAAUAAAGAGAAAAAAAGGCAUCUUUCUUUUUGACCCAGAAUAACCAGAGAGAGAGUAAUCACUCAUCAUCAUCAAUCCAUCUCUCUCUUCCUCACCCUUCAAGCCAUGAGUCUCUUCGGUUUGGGCAGAAACCAAAGAACAUUUCGCCCUAAAAAGAGUGCUCCCUCUGGUAGUAAGGGAGCUCAGCUCAGAAAGCACAUUGAUGCCACUUUGGGUAGUGGAAAUCUUAGGGAAGCAGUAAAACUCCCCACUGGGGAAGACCUAAAUGAGUGGCUUGCUGUCAACACUGUAGAUUUCUUCAAUCAGGUGAAUUUGCUUUAUGGCACCCUCACAGAGUUCUGUACUGCGGAGAAUUGCCCUACGAUGACUGCCGGCCCAAAGUAUGAGUAUAGAUGGGCAGAUGGCGUACAAAUCAAGAAACCUAUUGAGGUUUCAGCUCCAAAAUAUGUUGAAUACUUAAUGGACUGGAUUGAAUCUCAACUUGACGAUGAAUCAAUAUUUCCUCAAAAACUUGGUGCGCCAUUUCCCACUAACUUUAGGGAAGUUGUCAAGACAAUAUUCAAAAGACUCUUCCGUGUAUAUGCCCACAUUUAUCACUCUCACUUUCAGAAGAUUGUGAGUCUGAAGGAGGAGGCUCAUCUAAACACUUGCUUUAAGCAUUUCAUACUUUUUACCUGUGAAUUUGGACUGAUAGAGAAGAAGGAGCUUGCACCGCUCCAAGAACUUAUCGAAUCAAUUGUUCCUUACUAAACAGGUUCCGUGUAUCCCUGGAAUGAACUUAUCUCGGGGACACCUGAUUAAUGUUAAAUAAAUGCUGAUAAUCAGUAUGUGACUUGGCAGUGUUCUAUAUAGCUUAACAUUAUAAGUUGAUGUGCAUAUGCUCUGUGUGCCUUGGAUCUAUUUAUUGUCUUCUUUACCACCAAAAUAAAAAGGAAAAUAAAAAAAUUAGAUUUGAGCUAAAUGUCUUUGUUGCUUGAGGUGUUACAUGUAGAAAUGGACGGAGACUUCCGGCUUUACAGCCACCAAAACUGGUACAAAGAUAAUGUUGGUCGGGUUUUACUCUUGGAGUCUACUUGAAUUUGUUUGAUGUAGAUUAAGGAGUGUUGAUCUGAUCUUCACCAACUUUUGUUAUGCCAACUUGCCAAGGUUAGGCCAAUUAUCUGAAUUUAUGAAGUACUAACCGAAGUUUAAUUGUGAAAUCUUGCUUUCUUUCUUUUA